AUGUCCGUAUAUCCUUCAAUCUCAUCAAUAUUUUUUUUGGCUUUUACCAUCGUCAAUGGUUGGUCAAAUUGUCCACUAUAUAAACUCAUGUCCACCUGGCAUUACUUGAAUUCCACUUGGCCUCACACUACAAUCUACCAGCUAACUCAUUCAUCAAAUAAAAUGGAUGAACUGAGAGCACUCUUCGAAGCAGCCGAUGUCAAUCAUUCCGGAAAGUUGUCAUCUCAAGAGUUGAAAAAGGUGUUGGAGGGGGAUUUUGGUUGUGAAAUUCCAAAGGAUAAAUUCGAUGAAUUUUUGAAGGGAACAAAUCUUGAUGGUGAAGGUGAAUGGAGUAUUGAUGACCUGGUGAAACUAUUCACUACAUAACACUGCUGUUCACUGUAGUAAUUAUUGAUGAAGAUUUUCAGGAAAACACUUAUGUGAUUGUAGAAGCACUAAGUUGAUUCACAAACUGUUUAAUGUUUCCUAAUAUUUUAAAGUUAAAUUAUACUUUAAAGAAUUUGUGAUCAUGUAAUGUGUUCUCAUUCGAUUUUCGAUUGAAUAUACGUAUUAGGAG